AAUACAACUCUUUCACUAACCACGACCACGCGUUCCAUCUUGUUUUAGCCUGAAAUCCUCAAUAUUUUUCGAGCAUGCGUCGCGGAUUCCUGAAAAACGAGUACGCUAAGACCGUGACUGCGAAGCCACCUACUGCGCCACCGCAGACAAAGGCGAAACAAACCAAGAAGACCGUUGUCAAAGUACCCUCCGAGUCUCUGCAUAACGCUGAAGAUGAUGCACCAAUUAAACUCGCCAUGCCCGAAGGCGACAUCGCCAGCCUCAAUCUCAAUCUCGUGACUUUACCAAUGCCGAAUUUCCUCAGACCAGAACCCAUGUCGAUCUGCUUGAUCUGGCCAAUCCAGAAACAGAAGAUCCUAGCUCUACCAGGUUUCCCUGUGCGAUUCGUGCCGCCACCUCGCGUUCUGUACGAAAUCAAACCUAUUCCCGGUGCCGGAAUGGGGAUGGUUGCCACUCAGGACAUCGAAGUGGGAGAUCUAAUUGUUCGCGAACGGCCCCUCAUCAUCAUGGUACAAGGCAUACCAUACGAUAAGCGACAUCCUGAGUAUGCAAGGAUCCAGACGGAGAUGCCAAUUACUGCACUAUCCGAGGAGAAUCGCAGUGCCUUUUACGCCCUGCAUAAUUGCAAAGGGGACAAAGCUCCAUUUCCAGCAGCAGGAAUCAUAGAUACCAACGCCAUUGGCAUAGGAGCCCUUCCUGGCUUUGAAAACGACUGCGCAGCUGUGUGCAAGGACAUAUCGCGUUGUAACCACAGUUGUUCCCCGAAUGCUGUAUACCACUGGCAUUUGCAAUCCUUCAGCGAGGAACUUCGAGCGAUUCGACCCAUUGCCAAGGGCGAAGAAAUCGUCAUCACUUACACACCUUUGAGAUGUCCCCAUCGUGAACGUCAGGCAAGCCUGGAGCAAAGUUAUGGGUUUAAAUGUACCUGUCGCAUUUGUUCUUUACCUGCAGAAGAAUCGAGGCGCAGUGACGCUCGACGCCGACUUUUGGUUAUUGCCUCGACGAAGAACAAAAGCGGCGAUGAUACAGAGUUGAAGGCAUGGAUAAAGGACAUGAACGCUCCUGAUAAUGUGAUCAUCGAAAGGUGCAAGAAGAUGCUCGAUUUGAUGGACCAGGAGGGUUGGUACGAUGAGAAUUACUGGCCGGUGUAUUUUGAACGCAUCGUCAAGGCCUAUCUCGCCCUCGGCGACGCAGAAAAUGCUAAGACAUGGGCCGAGAAGGCAGCGGCGUUGACAAUCGCUUUCACAGGAGAAGAUAAGGGCUGGUCGCGCGUCGUGGCACAUCCACAGGAUACGGAAUGGUGGAAUUUGAGGACCAUGGCGCAUUCAGCGGAGCCUUUGAGUCCAAUAUGAUUGGCCAUCAUAGUUAUAGCUGGUCACAAAACGAGAAAACGAUGGGCCUUGGGAUGGGGAGAGGAUGAAUUCGGGUUGUUGAAUUGAAUACAUAAGUGAUGGUCACAGAAGAAAAUGUGUUUUCUGUUCGAGAUUUGCGCGGCAAUGAUGCUUUGAAUACUAUACAAGCGAUCUCCUUA